AUGGCAAUGAACAAGUGUAUCAAGCUUUUUUUGAUUCUGGUUUUCGUUGUAGCUGUUGCUUUUGGUGUCACAUUUUUGCCCUUUAACCUAUCUGACAAAUUCAAGGCUGUUGUCGACAAGGUUUCCUCUCAUCUUAGGGGACUUGGAGGCAUGGGUUCUGAUGAAAAAGUCCGCCUUGAUUUUUCCAAACGUGAUAGUUACACCCAUGGCAACUUGAACGUCGUUUUGGAUAAAGCCGACAACGUACCUAAGGAUGGAUACUUAAAAUUCAUUCACAAGGGCGAGAAGGACCUUCCUUUGGACGUAGAAGGUUUUACUUUGGGAGACACUACUCUUGAUGGUGUUGAACCUGGUCUCCUUGACUACGCUGCCGGUUACUUCAAGGGCGAGUCUCCUCAUCUUCUGCUUGUCGAGCUUUGCCUUCACAACAAGGGCGAUGGUGACAACGGUAAUGGUGAAGGUAAUAAGGAUGAAACUAAUAAAGGAGAAACUGACCCCAAUGGUACUGAGGGAGGCAAAGGCACUGGUCCCGGAGAUAAGACUGAAGGGGAGAAGGUUUUCUACUGCCCUGGCGAAAAUAACAAAUGGGUAAAGCUUCCUGAUGGCGCUGACCUUGGUGCUAAGGUUGAUGAAGUUUUUGCUACACUUUCAGCCAAUACUCCACCUACUGGAACUCCCGAGGGCGGCGUUGUUACUACUCCAGUUCUUCCUGCUACUCCUCUACCUGGUAACCAAAACCUUGAUUUCCCUAAAGGAGAAUCACCUGUUCCCGCUCCUCAGAAUUAUCCUCUCACUGGUCCCGGAGCUCCCACUGCUGCUGUUCCACUUCCAGUAGGUGGUGCUACAACCGGCAGUCAACAACCUGGAAACGGUGCUCCUGCAGGAGGACAACUGGGUCCUGUUGUUCCUGGAACUCCUGAUACUGUUGGUACUGCUGGAACCGGUGGUCAUGGUACUACACCUCAGGGUCCUGUUGGUACUCCAGCCGGCGGUCAAUCUGGUAAUGAUGGUGCUCCUGGUACUGCCGGUACUGGUGUACCCGGUGGUGCCGGUGUUUCAGAACCUGGAAGAAAUGGGCUUACAGGAGAAACAGGUGCCCAAGGUGGUGUAUCAUCUGUAGGCCAAGGUACCCAUUCAGUUCCAAGUGGAUUGGUAGCAGGUGUUGGUGGAGCAGGUGGAGUUGGAGUUGAAGCAGGAGCUGGAGCUGUAGGCCAAGGUACCGAUUCAACUGGAGAAGGAAGGGGAGCAGGUGGAGUUGGUGUUGGUGUCGGAGGUGUUGCUGGAACAGGACCAGCCCCUGCAGAACCGGCUGUACCUACACCCAAAGUACCAGAAGGGACUCAAAACUCUGAGACUACUACUGGAGGAGUACAACAAACAGCAUCUGGCCCAGCCGGGCCAAAUGGUGGAACCACAAACCAAAACAAUGGAGGUGGUGUAAAUGGACAAGGAGGUAGUAAUGGAGGAGGAUCGAGCAGUUCUUCGGUUUCUACACCAGGUAAUCAUUAA